CCAGUGCCAAGUGCAGCAGCAGUGCAGGCACCGUUAGUUGCCGUCUCCUCCUACGCCUUCUGUGAUUGUCACUUUAAAUUUUGUCUGCUGAAAAGUUGAAAAUGUUUUCACUUUCUCGCCACGCACUGCAGCACACACGAAAUUUCGCACUUAUUGCUGCUGCGGCUGCCAAGUGGAGACACCCCAAUCGCAAUCCAUUAGGAGUACUCGCAGCUGCAGUGCCCAUCGCACACUGCUUUGCAGAUACGCGUCACGACAGCGACGAGGCUAAGACGAAUCCCAGUAAAGCCAACAACAUGGAGAAUAAAACCGAAAAGGUUACCGUUAACAAAGAGGAGCUGCGCAAACGCCUAACCCCACUGCAGUAUCAGGUUACUCAGGAGGCGGGCACCGAGCGGCCCUACACAGGCUGCUACAACAAGCACUACGAGAAGGGGGUGUACCAGUGCAUUGUGUGUCAUCAGGAUCUGUUCAGCUCGGACACGAAAUACGACUCGGGCUGCGGCUGGCCAGCGUUCAACGAUGUCCUCGACAAGGGCAAGGUAACCCUCCAUCGGGAUGCCAGCAUACCAGUAGUAAUUUCAAAAACGUUAGGCAUGGUACGCACUGAGGUGCGCUGCUCAAAAUGCUCGGCACACAUGGGCCACGUCUUCGACGAUGGACCACCGCCCAAGCAUCAUCGUUUCUGCAUCAACUCGGCGUCGAUAGAUUUUGUGAAGAGUGCACCGACAGCCGCCUCCACGACGACAUCGUCCAAGAAAUAAUGCUCGAUCUGUGUACUGUUUAGUGUCUCACCGCCUUCCCAAAAAACAGAAGCAAAUGAAUGAAGUCUCAAGCAGAAUUAACGUGUUAUGUUACAAGAUAUUUAGAUAUUUUAUAGGAGUUUAUUAUGCAAAAAAAUGUUCGUGAAACCAAUGCUUGGCAAAAAGAUAUUGUAUGUAUGAUAAAUACUCAAAUGUAUUAUGGAACGAGGAGUGAGACAUAAAUUAUGUAUUUCAUGGAAGAAAAAAAUGGGGUCUGAUAUACUCGGCAUUAACGAUCAGUCUGAAGAUCCUUUGGUUUGGUUUAAGUAUACUUCAUUUUCGGUUGAAUUUAAUCCAUCUUUCACGCGACUCUCUACUGUCUUUCGGUUUCAAUAUGACCCACCCACCACCACCAAAAUCCAUACAAAAAACUAAACCCAAUCAUCAGGCACGUACACAAGCUUAAUACCCGCCAUCAUUCUCGUAUCGUAUCGAUCAUAGUUCAAGGUCAGUCGUCGCUAUAUUUGGGUUUGAGAGCUCCAUUAUGUGUAUACCGAUAUUAUAAUUCUAUUUUGAUGGUGCAUUCAUUUUGUUUUUGGUUUUGCUUCUUACUCAUGCCCAAAAAUAUUAUAUUUCGUUUUUUUGAUUUGUAUAUUUGAUUUAUGUAUAACAUAAUGCAAUACUACUGUAUCGUAUCCAAUCCCAUUACAUACUAUAUAUAAAUAUAUAGUGUCAAACAACUUGAAUAAUGUGUAUUUUCGUAUAUUUUCUAUUUCUCUUUUUUUUAACUCGCUUCAAACAAAAAACUAAAUGUACGCCUAUAAACGUUCUUUGGGGGUUUGUUUUGCUAACAACAAAUAAAAAUACACACACACACGAAAUCCAUUGUUAAAAAUUGUAACAAAAAAACACUCUCACACACACACACACACACACAUGAUGCAUACAAUUUUGCUUUAUUAACCGCAUAAUGAUUAUAUCCACCGAUCUGCAAAUACAAAAAAAAAA